GCGAUGACGGUCCAGGUGACCUGCAUGUUGUUGCACCAUGCUAGCAAGCACCUGAACGCUCAUUUCAGAAACAACCCAAGACGUCUACUAUCAAUGUCUCUUACAUCUCCCGAGGCAUUCUCAAUCGAGAAACACGUUGCGAUCGCAGCAGUACGAAGAGCAUGUCUGGUGACUUGCACCGUGUUCAAUCAAUUAGUCCGAGACAAAACGGAUACCCUCAAGAAGGAAGACGAAUCACCGGUGACAGUCGGAGAUUAUGCUGCACAGGCGGUUAUCAAUACUGUCUUGAGGAAUGCAUUUCCCGAAGAUCCUAUCGUCGGCGAGGAGGGUGCAGAUGCCCUCCGGCAAGAAUCAAAUGCUAGACUGCGUGAACGAAUGGUUUCCUUGGCUACCAACGCAUUGCAGGAAGAUCUCAUCGAUGGGGAGAAAGCGCAGUGGGGUUUAGGUUCUCAUCACGAGCACAGUUCAGAGGCCCUGUUGAAGGCGAUAGACGAAGGAAGUGAUACGGGUGGUUCAAAUAAACGCAUGUGGACAGUUGACCCUAUCGAUGGAACGAAAGGCUUCUUACGUGGCGGCCAAUAUGCCGUUUGUUUGUCUCUCAUUGUGAAUAGCCAGGUUGUGCUGGGCGUCAUCGGAUGUCCGAAUCUACAAAUAUACCCUGCAAACCCUGAUGAAGGGAAGGGCUGUAUCUUUGUCGCGGUCCGAGGACAAGGCGCCUUUCAGAUCACCUUGUCUGGCACCGGUGCGAUUAAACUCCCUUACUUUCCUCCAGAGAAGUCAUAUGUCCUACAAUCGGAAGAGCCGAAGCACACAAAUAUGCCGUUGAUUAAACGGGUUGCCGACGAGCUCCACCUGACUGAAUGGGGAAUGGACAGCCAGGCCAAAUAUUGUUGUCUUGCUAGAGGAGAGGGCGCUGUGUAUCUUCGCAUGCCGGCGCCUACCAUUGGUGGUAAACAACCUUACGAGGAGCGAAUUUGGGAUCAUGCCCCUGGAAGCAUCCUCGUUGAGGAGGCGGGCGGCAAAAUCACAGAUUCUGAGGGCGCUCCGCUUCGGUUUGGACUUGGGAGGGGAAUGGGAGACAAUCGUGGCUUUGUAGCCACAGUCGAUGAAGAACUCCACGGGCGAGUGGUAUCAGCUAUCAAGCAGGCUCAAUCCACAGAGGAUGCUAAAAAGACGAAGGCUACACCUUAAGAGAGCCCCUUAGAACGAGUUGCUAUCUCGCGUUUAUCAGACGCUGGUACAACGUAUGGUUCCCUGCAUACCUCCUAGGGUUGCCAAAUCGGAUAACUAGUGGAAAUUAAGUGUCAGCCUGACGUUAGAUAAAGGCGCCAUCAUUUCCUUUGUUGCUUUCUGAACCUCAACCUUGAAGGGAGCCGUUAGUGGCCCCUCCACACUGCCUCCCAUGGAUGAAUUAAAACACUCCAUGGAAACUU